ACAUAAUUACAAAAUGCCACAUGUACACGUUUUCUUUGUUGUUCUAUAGUUCGGGAACCUGAUCAGGAGAAUGGAUUUAGAGGGAUGCGCAGUAAGAUUCAGUUCAGCUGAGUAGGCACUUUGCAAAAAGAAAAAAGCUUAUUACACCUGGUGAUGGCUUUGCUUCGACAAGGGCAGAGCAAGAAGGGGAAACUGCUACAAAGAGAAACCCAGUCCGAAGUGCCUCCUUCGCCCUGCCGGGCACGCAAGAUUUCUUCGGCUGGCCGCGUGAUCCGCGCACAAAUCCCAGUUUCUCAUUGCUUCGCUUUUGAGUUUGCAGCCCAUCUCUUUGCUUGAAGCGCUGAUCCUCCCGUUGUAAGUGGCACUCCAGAUGGCCAAUCCUGAGCCACAAGGCUGUCCGCUACUAGCCAAUCUCAGGGGAAAGGGGAGAUCAAAGCAGAACAUCAAGAGGGCCGGUGACAGGAGGGGAGGGCUGUUCCUAGCAUCUUUUUUAAAAAAAGCAAAUAAGACCAUGGCAGUAGCAGCACCUCUUGCGUCCCGGUGCAGGUAAUCUGAAUAGUAGCAAAGCUCCAGAGAUCACCCGGCAGCCCGGUCUCCAGCAAGCCAAACCGAUAUGCUGAGCUCCCUAGUCUAGGCGGCCAUUGAAGCCGGCUCUCUGUAGAGGGAGGCAGUCAAAAGCUUCUGCCUCCUGCACACGCAUCCACGGUCCCCUCCCCUUGCCCCUCCUAGCCACUGCCGCUCUCCCAAGUUAUAGGCGAGGCUCCAGCUGGACCUCCUGAGUGGCAAAAGAAAACGAGCCGAUCAAUUUCCUGGCGGCUCGCAGUGUGUGCGUGAUUGUCCUCUCCUUGGCUCCAUCGAUCUUGGCCUGGGGCUGUAUUCCCAAACCGAGGCGAACGUCUGGGAUUAGCAAAAGGACUCGACGCCUCGUCUCCGGAUUAGCCAUUAGGGCUUCAGUUUGGAAGAGCCACUAAAGAAAAUGCAAGAAAAGAGCUUUCCUGUCAGGCUUCUUGACCAAAGAGAAGAAGCAGUGCACUUUGUAGCAGAAAAUUAAGAACUUUGUCGUUUCAAGAAGUCAUUCAAGGAGAAGAGGACAAAAAGUUCUGGCCCAAUAUGAAUUACAGUACAUCUACUGUGAACACUUUGUACCACAGUAGUAGUACCGCUUCUGAGUCAGACCAUGGAACGACUGUGGAUGGGACUGGAUCAAAAACUGCUACGAUGACCCCUGAAACCAGUGGCUUUAAUAGCACCAAAAUUCUGGAUGUCUCUGGCAAUGGCCCUGGCAUGGGGACCAUGCUGCUGUCCUUUGGCAUCAUCACUGUGAUUGGAUUGGCUGUUGCUAUGGUUCUGUAUAUCAGGAAGAGGAAGCGUAGAUUAGAAAAGUUACGACACCAGCUCAUGCCCAUGUACAACUUUGAUCCUGCUGAAGAACAGGAUGAGCUGGAACAAGAGCUGUUGGAGCAUGGCAGAGAUGCUGCUUCUUUGCAGGCUUCCCAGAACAAGACAAACCAAGGAGUGCUCCAGAGACCUAGUCGCCUUGUGUUCACAGAUGUUGCAAAUGCCAUCAAUGCUUGAACAGUGCUUCCUCUGUCUGAGAUGCAGGAGAAUGACACUAGCCAAUUAGCAACUUGUCAUGGGUGGCGACCAUUGAUUCCAGCUGAGGAGAAAGUGCUGGGAACCAGUGUCUUUCCAGAAUGUGAAGACUGUUAGGAAUUCUGUUGCCAUCAAAGUACCCUAUGCUACUACACUCAGAGUCUGAUUGGUAAUACUGAUACCAAGCUGUGUGUGAUAAAAGAUGGAAGGUUAUUUGUAGAUAAAUUGAUCAGAACAUAUAUAGUGACAGGCUAGAGAUGGGAACAAGAGCAUCUGUUUCCAAGGCUGCCUUCCAUUGGGUUGUUGUCUGAGUAUCCUAACUUCAGAGUCUUGCAGGUUAACCCAAGCCACUCAAUGCAGACUCAAAAGAUGACUCCUGUUGCCAGUUAUGUGGGUGCAGUUUCCUGGAGCUGGAAGCCUGGGCUCUGUCCUGUUGACACAAGCAUAUGAUACUAUCUCUGGGCAUCUCUGUGUGCACCUGGUUGUCUCAUGUUCCUCUUGGGUAUUAGAUGCUGCUUUGAAGCAUGGCUCUGUGGUCCAGAAAUUUCCUUGUGAACUUUCACUAGUUUUUUCCAACACAGAUGUUCUGCUAGCUAGUCUUCGGAAAUCAUUUGCAAGGCAGUGCAGUAGAGCGUAGCUUGAAGAAGCAGGGAGCUCUCCUAUCACUUCCUGUCAGAAGUGCUACCUCUUCUGAGCACUUAACUGAUACUACAGAGAGGAGAGUCUUAGAAGUAAAAGCAGCAAUACUUAAAUUCAUGGAUUUUGAGAUGAUUCAUCUCAUCCUCCUUCAGCCAAAGAAUGAGUGUUGACAGAAGAACUGAUUUUGAAAUAAUUUUGUGUGCACAUGCAUAUUCUUGCAUAUACUUAAUCAGAAACUGGUUCAUCUCCAUACAGAAUAGUUAAAAGCCUAAUUCUGAUCUAUCUACUCCCCAGGAUCUGCAUUCAAGGUUCUUUUUUGUCCUUUUCAAAAUAGGUGAGAACAUUACAAGAAAAGCAAAGACUACAGAAGAAUUCUACACGUUAAAUACUUGUUUUGACCUGGCAGGGGGAUAUCAUUAGUAUUUCAUGCUAUAUUCCAAAUUUUAUGAAAACUAAGGCCAAUUAAUUUGAAUAAAUCAUACAAAGUAGGCAAACCUCCAUGCAUAUAAUCUACAUAGUUUUCUUUUGCACACCUGCUUUUUUGGGGGGAGGAGGAGGGUGUUAUCUAUUUAUGUCUUAAGAUAAUUUAUAUGCUAUCCACUAAAAAUAGAAUGCUCAAGAGGGCUGGGGAUACAGAAUUUAGAUUCUGUUUUGUUCCACUUAUUUCAUAGGGCCAAGGAAGGGAGGGAUUACCAUUUAUCUAGAACAGCCUUUGCCAAUUUGGUGCCAUCUAGAUGUUUUGGACAACACCUUCCAUCAGCUCCAGCCAGAAAGGGGCUAAUGGGAUUUUUAGUUCCAAUCAUCUGAGAAGUACCAGGUAGGUGAAGGCUGAUGUAGAACAUAAGGGAACAAUAGUUGUGUGGAUGCAAAAGGGCAAGUGUUGAACUAAGAAGGCCCACAUUGUCUCUACUGGACAGGUUCUGUUGGGUUUGGAAAUACUGACAUUUUCUUCUAGAACUGUGAAUACAAUAAGUUUGUUUUCCUCUCCCUACGUCCACUGAUGACUUAUGUACUCAGGAAUUUGCAGUCACAGCCUUUGUUGUCCGAUUGUGUCUGUGCCUGUUUCUGAAUCCUCUGGCUAUUUAUUUAUGUUAUUUAUUAGAUUCAUAAUAUUUCCACAUUUAAGGAGGCAAACCAAGCGCUCGUUACACAAAACAGCUGCAACAAAUAGGUCAAAAAGCAGAGCGGCAUACAAUUACAAUCAUCAUAGGGAAAAAUGGAUCUUGAUGGAAAAUUGGAGAGCUGAUUUUGGAUCCUCCUGCUGCUGGCAAUUGCAGUUGUCCUAUGAUGUCAUCAUUGUACAAAGAGAAAUGUAAAACCUGGAACUUGGCAGAUACAAAUCCAUAAUCACUGUGAAAAUCAACAUCAUAGCUCCCUGCCUGCACACCCCACACUUUCCUCCCCCAAGAAGAGGAUGUGCAUAGUUAUCUACCAUAAACCCAACAAAUAGUGUGGGGAAAGGUCAAAAAGAACAGUCUACAAACUACCCACAACUGGUGUUUUGGAGUCUACCAUUCUGUCACCAACUACCUUGGCUAUAUAGGUUUGGCUGAACUGAUGACAUAAGCAAAGCAUUCUGUUCUGACAGUUGUCUAGCAAUGAAUGUAUAGUGGAGGAUGUUAGGUUCAAGCAGCAAGAGUUAAACCAGGGGUGGUUUAAUACAUAUAUAUAUAUAUAUAUAUAAAUGGGAUUUAAUAUUGAGAAGCAAUAAGUAAACAAACAAAUAAAUAAAAUCCCAUCACUUUCAUCCUUCGUGUUCUAAAUUCAUUUUCUCCUUCCUCUCUGGAUGGACUUCUUUGUUUGGCACAGUUGUUUUGUGCAAGAGGAAGGCUGUAAUUCACAUGAGGCUAGAUUCAUGGUAUGUUAAGACAUCCUGCUGUCGCACAGAUGAGUUAGUAGUGUGAUAUAUGCCAGGCAUGCAUCUGUAUACCAGUGCUAUCAAUGUAUUGUCACUGAAUAUGGGUUUUUUUCUCCUCCAGUGCAUGCAGUUUGCAGGUCAGGUCUUCUUUAGACCUGCAAAACUAUUGUGUAAGAGGUGUAGAAUGCAUCUCACUGGCUAUGUGAGUAUACAGUGUGGAUCUCCAUAACCUGGAACUUUUCAGCUAGUUUUAAUUCUUCCUACUCCCUGUGUAUCUUCUUCCCUUUUGAGAUGUAUAUAAUCACAUAGGAUUAUGGGAUCAUGAAACCGUUCUUAGUCAAGAAAUUCUUUCUGAAGGGCAUUCACACAAAAGCAAUUCCCUCCCCUUGGCCAACUUAACAUCCUUUUUAAAAAACUCUCCAAGGGCUCAGACGAAUCUACGAUUCACAGUUGAUUUUAAUUGAAUUUUUGUUUCAGUCCAGAUCUGUAAGACAGCAAUCCUGGAUCGUAUUGAUGGCUUUCCACAGAGAUUGCUGAUAAUAAAGCGAACCUUCGGGCCAGAUUCUAAGUUGUUGGAAAAUAACCUUGCUCCAUUGAUACACAAUAGGUCUGUUCACAUCAGACUCAAACCACUUCUGAUGUGUUUCUUUGUGGUUGAAGGUUGACAAUAUGUCAGACAGCUCUUUAGCAGGCAGCAGCUGUGCCAAUACUUCAGAAGCUCUAUUCCACCUUUUGCCAACCUGGUGCUUUCCAAAUGUUUUGGACCACAACUCCUAUCUUCCCAAAACAGUGCACUGGCUGGGACUUGUGGGAGCUGUAUUCCAAAACAUCUGGAAGUUGGCAAAGGCUGCUCUAUAUUUUGCAGUGCUGCUGCCGUUAAAUGGUACUGGAUUUCUUAUUCUCACUGACAGCAUUGGCUCUUAAACAUUCUCAUCACUGAAGCAAAAAAUAAAAAAGACUAGAAAAUGUAAUAUGCGUCCAAAGGCAACAAUAUGCUCCAUGAAGUGCCAUUAACUGAAAUCCUUGCAAUUCUCAGGCACUCGAGAAUUAACUGACUGCAUAUUUGGUAUAAACAUUCACUUUGAUCAUGGGCUGUUUCUGAAAGGCAUAUUAUAUUUAGUAUGAAUGUUCUUGGGAAGGAAGUGGGAUAUUAUUACUAGUUCCCUUCUGCCCUGCAUUUGGAGGCUCUUUGAUAAUGUAGUGCUGAUGAUUUUCCUUAAAAAAAGUGCUGCAGGUAUUUGUGAGGGUUGGGUACCACAGUAUUCUUUGAAUGCAAUAGCCCUUUCUUUCAUGGUACUUGGAAGUCUCUGCAUAAUGUAAGAUACUCAUUGCAAUAUGUUCCUGUAUUUGAGAUGUUAUUAAAAUAUUUAUGUGAAA